AUGUUUUCACGCCUACUCAGUUUCCUUUGUCAGGUUGGAAGGUGGUGGUGGUGGGCUGUGCAGCCCCAGUCACACUGUUCAGCUUUUACCUCUGCACAGGAACAAUGAUUCAAACCAUCAGCAUCAUAUUUUUCUUUCAGUUGUUCUCUCUAAAUGGGGCGACUGAGAGCGGCAUCUUCGGUGGUAAAGUUUCAAAGCCUCAUUCCAGACCCUACAUGGCUUCACUCCAGUUUUAUGGACACCACUCAUGUGGCGGGAUCCUCGUCCGGGACGACUUUGUUCUGACAUCAGCUCACUGCAACGACUCUACAAUGGCGAUGAUGGUGGUGCUCGGCGCACACGACAGAAGCAAGAAAGAAAAAAGUCAGCAGAAUCUCCAAGUGGCAGAUUACUUCACACAUCCAGAGUACGUUGGACAACAUGAUUAUGACAUCAUGCUUCUCAAGUUAAAAAACAAGGCAAAACUUAACAAAUAUGUGAAGCCCAUUGGAUUACCGAAGAAGCAAAAGAACCCCCCCUCCAAAGUAGCAUGUGUCGUUGCUGGCUGGGGCCGAACAGCAGUUAACGGGCCGGCCUCAGAUGUACUGAGGGAAACCACGGAGAAGAUUGAACUCCCCGAGGAAUGCAAACGAAUCUGGCAGGAAUACUUCUUUACUAAUCAAAUGAUAUGCACCAGGUUUGACAAAAAGAAGGGAGGAAUUUGCCAGGGGGAUUCUGGCGGACCGCUGAUCUGCAAAAGCAAACUUCAGGGUAUCACAGCUUAUACUGCCGAGAAUGACUGCGACAAUACUGAGUAUCCCCAUGUCUUCAUGAACCUACACUUCUUUCUUCCCUGGAUCAAGAAAACCAUGCAGGGGUAGGGGAAUGUUAUAUGAGCCACUAUUCAGAGGCCAAGAAGUUAUCCCUUUCUUCACUUGAUUAUUUACGCAGCUUAAUAAAUUAGCGAAAUUUAAAUUAAUUUAGCCUUAAAGGGAAACUGGUACAUGUGAAUGUUUUGCAGAGGUAUGAAAAAAAAAAAAAAUCACAGUUGCUUUUAUUAAAAAGAAGAAGAAUUUGGAGAAUAUAUUCAACCUAACAUCUUGCUGUACAGUUAAAGAAUGUGCCUUUGUCCUUUCAAACAUUGCUCAAGCUUGUCUUUUCAUUCCUGCAACUUCCUUUUUGAAAAAUCCUUGUGCAAGUUUUGUCAACUAUGUACAAAUUUCUUUCUUUAUCUCAUUUAAAAACUCUUUUGUCAGCAGCAUAGGUCUGAGUCAUUUCUGGGUGAAAGUGUGUGUAAGACUGAAUGGAGUGAGGGAGAAAUGGCGGUGUAUCAGACGAGGGCAGAUAUCAAAAGUAUCUCAGUGAGUGUGGUGGUUGUGGUGGAGGAGCCCACACAUGCACUCUGAUCAAACCCCCAAGGCCACCGCUGCAGCGCUCCAGCCUCAUCAGUCAUAGUGUAAACUUUUGAAGUUGAAGCGCUUUCUGUCAGUGAAACCUGUCAUCUGCAGAGAGGGGAAACAAAAUGUUUACAAGAAACAGCUCACCUUGAAUUACCUCUCAGUUCUCAUUAAGUCGGUUUCUAAAAUCAAUAAAGUCUGAAAACUCACCUGA